CAUUGAACCUUGACGGUUUAAUUACUAUUCGACAAUCAAUAAGGAACGUUUUGUGGUUCCGAUACUAUAGUAGAUAUUCGUGAAACUGCGAACUUCUACAUCGGAGUCGUUCCAAAUGCUACUUCUUCACAGUCGCUAGAUGCUUGAGGGCCUACCAGGUUCCGGACUUCCACUGUCACGCACAGCUCCUCAGUAUCUGUCCAUCGGAACAUUAGGAAGAACGUCAAAGGCAACGAGGAAUGCUGUUGGCCUGUGGCUAGCUCUCCAUAUUAAGGGCAAUUGAACCACCUUCCCCGUAGCCGGUUAAUGGGAACUACUCACUACUCACUAACCCUCCUGCCGUACCCUGUAUGGUUGCUGCAUGGCCUUCUCCGCUGGGUCGACACGCACGAAAAGUUACGACAGCACACGUACUAUGCCACAUGUUUUCAGUUUGGACAAGAACCAGUUGCUCUAUAUCGGAUUUUAGGGGCCGUAUAACAUUUUACCAUCUGUGGACGCGGUCCUCCCCACCAAUGGCGGGCUUCAAACUUGCUUCUUGGUGCUCGCACGAAGCUUAACAGCGACUCCAACUCGACUGCCUCGUCGAGGGACCAGGGCAAGGUGCCACUCAGAUAACUAAAUACUUGAUAGUUGACCUUGCUCGGAUAUUGCGAUAAUCAAGAGCCUGACAGGACCCAUGGGACUCGGAGAGGUUUCACGAAUGGUCCACCAAGCUAAAAUACACUCGUGAUGGAGUUCUUCUUUAUAGCAUGAGCUUAACCAUGUUUUGAUACGCUCUUCGCCCGGUAUUGCUCACGUAUUAUUGCCUUGAGCAGUACAAAAGGCGCACGCCUCCGUCCCUUCUUGCACUACGCUUCGUACUCGACAAUGGCUCACUUGCGCUUACUUCCCUUUAUCCCACUCACCGUGCUUUUCCUAUCUCAUGUCGUUGGGGCGGCACCCACUGACGAUUCAGCAACGCAUGCAAAAGUUAUAUCCCACUGUGCUGAACCCAACACUGUAGCGCUCACCUUCGACGAUGGCCCAUACGAUUUCCUGCGCAAAUUUGUCGAUCUACUGGGCGAGCACGGGGCCAAGGGUACUUUUUUCUUCAAUGGCGACAACUAUGACUGUAUCUAUGAUGAGAAACGGGUCGAAGACAUUCAAUAUACAUUCGACAGAGGACACCAAGUCGGGUCUCACACCUGGCACCACUCGGACCUUGGCGAGAUAAAAACCGAGUCAAAGAUGAUGGACGAAUUUGUCAGAACGGAGGAAGCUCUGAAGAAGAUCUUAGGCAUUGAGGUCGCUAUGACUCGCCCUCCAUUUGGAUCCCUGAAUUCCCUAGCUGAGGAAGUAGCCGCAAAGCGAGGGCAGACGCUCAUUCUCUGGGAUCUCGACACUCGCGAUGCUGAUGGUGCUUCUGUUAAGUACAGCAAGUCGCAAUAUGACGAGGUUGUGAAGAAAUCGCCCUCAAGCAUUCUGGCGCUCAAUCACGAACCUUACAAGAGAACCUUAACCGAAGUAAUUCCUUAUGCCAUUGAGAUACUUAAGGAGAAAUACAGGUUUGUUACAGUGGCCGAAUGCCUUGGAAUGGAGGCAUAUCACUCCAUCGGCAGUCGGAGUGUACGCGACAAAACCUGGAAGUGUUAGAUAUCUCUCGAGCCUGAACGACAUGGGGAUAUCCUCAUUGGUUAUCUUUCGCUCCGAUGUGUAAUGAGCCUUCAGCUUCAAAUCUCGAUUCUAAUCUCGAAUUUGUUGCUUAUCUGCAGGGUUGUUCUAUUAAUUGAAUAAAAUUCAAGUCUAU